AUGGCAGCGGCAGGGGUUGAAGUGGUCUAUGACGGUUUUAGGGCUGCUGUGCUUGAAUUUUUUCAUUUUGUCUGCACAUCCGAGGACAUUAACAAUCUUGCCCAUGCAUUGAUGCUGAAAGAAGCUUUGAACACUGUCAUAUUUCCAGUCAUGGAUGAGGUAAUUAAGGCAGUUUGUGACAUGGCUAAAGCUAAUGCUCAUGUUCCCAUGUUUUCUCGCACUCAUGGGCAGCCAGCUUCACCUACCACCCUUGGAAAGGAAAUUGCAAUUUUUGCUGUCAGAUUAAGCAGGGAAAGGCUGGAUAUUUCUCAAGUUGAGAUAAUGGGGAAGUUUGCUGGUGCAGUUGGAAAUAACAAUGCACAUCUCGUUGCAUACCAUGAAAUUAAGUGGCCUCAAAUUGCAGAGGAGUUUGUGAAAUCUCUUGGAUUAAGUUUCAAUCCUUAUGUGACACAGGUGUCUGUUCCAUGCUCGAAAUUUCUUCUCACUUCAGUUUUUAUUAGAUUUCUCUAUAAUUUUUUGCAGGCCAGAAUAAUUCCUAGAAAUUUUAUCUACACAGACCAACCAUCCACUACCGCGGCUGCUCUAUGUAUCAAAGCUAGAGAACGUGACUUAACUGAUUCAACAGUUCUGAGGAAUAUGGGUGAAGGUUUAGGGCAUUCUCUUCUUGCGUACAGAAGUGCAUUACAGGGAAUAUCAAAGCUGCAGGUUAAUGAAGCUUCUUUGUUUGAAGACUUGAAUGAGUCAUGGGAGGUGCUUGCGGAACCAAUACAGACUGUGCUGCUAACACAACUUGGGACUCUAGAGCUUCUCCAGAAGACAUGGAAAAGAUGUGGAAUCAUCCUAUUGUUAGUAAAGAGUGGAGCAAAUCUGGGGAGAAACAGGGGAAAAGUGCGAUUUUCUCACGAUGCCGAGAAUAGACCUUAUCUUUCUCGGGUAGAGUUAAGGGUAAGAUUAAAUAAUAUGGAUCUGCAAAAUAUAUAUUUUCUUGCAUGUAUUUAUCGUAACUGGAUAUUUUGA